CUAGACUUCGGGAUGCCGUCUCCUCGCCGUUUGCCCAUGCAGCCAGGCACCGAGCGGGUGUGGUAUACUUACGAAGGCAAAGUGUACUGACCGUGACCCUUCACCUACAGCAUCCACCAACGGCUCAGAGGUGGUAGCAGCACCGGACGACCCACACCACAGCAUAGCAGUUUGAUCGACCACAGGACACUGACAUGGCCCCUCAACAGAAGAGCGCGCUGAACAUCGUGAUGGUAAUUCCAUCGUACUCGGGAUGGCGCCAUGACGUUGGGGAAGAGAGCAAGGAAGGUGCUCGGGUCCACAACCUCAGUGACGUCGAGGCGAUCUUGGAUGUGUUCCAGGCCCAUGGCCAUACAGAGAUUGACACGGCGCGCACCUACACUGGUGGGACAAGCGAAGAGUACCUUGGCAAGAUCGACUGGCGCAGUCGCGGCCUGAAAAUUGAGACAAAAUUGUACCCGAACGUUGCGAACAAGAGGCUGCAGAAUCCGAACAGAGCGAUGAUCUCGCAUGCGCCUGAGGACCUGCGCAAGCACCUUGAGACGUCCAUGAAAGCUCUCAACAUUGACCAGCUGGAGAUGUGGUAUCUUCACGGCCCCGACCGAACGACGCCAUAUGAAGUCACACUCAAGGCCGUCAACGACCUGUACAAAGAGGGCAAGUUCCGGCGAUUCGGAAUCAGUAACUACAUGUCGUGGGAGGUGGCUGAGAUCGUGCAGAUUUGCAGGACGAACGGUUACAUCCAGCCCACAGCGUACCAAGGAAUCUACAACGCAGUUCAUCGUAAGGUCGAGCCUGAACUCUUCCCGUGCCUGCGAAAGUACGGCAUCAGCUUCUACGAGUUCAACCCCUUGGGCGGAGGUUUCUUCACAGGAAGGUACAGUUCGCCCGACCAAGAUGUUGAACCUGGCUCCCGGUUCGACCCAACCAAGGGUCAAGGAAGGCUACUGGAACGAGCCGUACUUCAACGCGCUCGCUCCAUCCAGAAGGUCGCCGAGGCGCACAACUUGACCAUGGCUGAGAUCGCGCUCCGCUGGAUCUCGCACCACAGCCUGAUGAAGCGCGAGUAUGGGGACGCGGUUAUCAUCGGCGCGUCCAGCUUGAACCACAUCGAACAGAACAUGAUCGAUCUGGAGAAGGGCCCAUUGCCGGAGGCGGUGGUGCAGGCAUUGGACGAGGCGUGGCUGUCCGUGGCGCCGUAUGCGAGCAGCUACUUCCACUGAGUAGCUUGAGUCGAGGCGGGAGACGAACAUAUGGUCGUGGAGCGGAGCCGGAUGCAAGAAGUGCGCGUAUGAUUAGCAAUUGCAGAAACCUGUACCAGUACAAAUGCUAUGACAAGGCUUGCGGAGACUGUUGAGAAAUCAGCUUUGGGGCCAUCGGUAUGAGCGC